AUGGGCCAAGCGGCCCAUCUCAUAGUGACGGCGGCCAAUCUCCAAGCAAAACCACUGGAGGAGCAGUCCAAAGCAAGAUCUCCGGCUAGUAGAUCCGGCCAGUCCGGAGGCUUUGGAGGAGGAUACGGCAGUGCUGGAGGGAGAUUCACCCAGAGAGAGUGGCUCCAAGUCCGAACUGCCAACUCGCUAGCUGGCUGCUCCGACGGCGUGAGAAGAGGGGAUGGAAGCUCCGUCCUCAAGAGAUCCGCCGCACCCAAUAACAGGCCAACGGAGAAGACAAAAGACCAAAGUGACGAUGAAAACAAUAGAACAUAUCUCACCGGAAAAAGGCUCUGGUGGAAGAAGAAACGAAACAUCGGACCCCAAAGCAGGAUCCGGGAAAGAGGGGAGCUCCGGUACAGGGGAGAAUCACCGGAGGCGGAGAACCAUUCUGAGACCGGAGCUUGA